CAAUCCGUGUUAGUGAAGCCUAUGCAAAGAAGACAUUCCAUCAAACAACCAAAGUCACGGGGCGAAAAUUCAGUAAUGAAUAAAUAUUUCAGCUUCACUUCACAAAAUCAUUUUAAAGUCAAUCGAACUAUUCAAAGAAAACAAGGAUGUUUGUAAUUUGAGUUGUGUGGAUCUUGUCAAUGGUGCUGAAUGUCGAUCAUCAAUCAAAGAUUCUGAACCACUCUUUCUUCAUAGACUGUUGCAUAAGGUAACAAAUUGAGAACCAAAAAAAGAAGUUGAGUUCUUGAAUCAGGAUUUUUGCUUGGUUGUUCUUGAAAAUUGUUAAAAAAAAAACAGUUUCUGUGAUCUGGGUUGUGUGGCUUUUACAAGAAUUUAGUUUGGUAGUGACACUUUGAGACAUUGGUUGGGUUGGUGUUGGUGAGAAAAACAUUCUUCAUUCUUAAGUUCUGCUUUUAGUUUCAUUUAAUUAAAAGAUCUAAUUAUAUGGUUAGUGUAUGAAAAUUUUGGGUUGUGUUAAGAGAUUUAUUUUUACAUGAUAUGUGAGUUUCAAGUGUAGAAGAAAGACAUUGUUUUAAAAGAUGUCAGCGGCGUCGCCGUCUCCGGCAACCUCCAACGUCGCGCCACUUUCUAAUACAGCUCCACCGCCGUCUUCAUCAACUUCUCCUCCACCGAAGUCCUCAUCCACUGCUCCUCCACCGGAACAACCCUCCUCUCCUUCACCUCCUCCAGAAACAUCACCACCUCCGGCAACCCAAACUGCUCCUCCUCCUCCCACCUUGCCGUCGCCUCCACCACCUUCACCAUCACCUCCGUCGCCACCUCCGCCUUCACCAUCACCUCCGUCGCCACCUCCUCCAACCUCGCCGUCUCGUCCUCCCCCAUCGCCACCACCAUCUUCUCCACCUCGUCCCUCACCGCCACCGCAAUCGCCUGUUCCGCCAAAAAGCCCUCCUCCACCUUCACCACCACUAGCACCGUCAGCUCCACCGCCGUCGAAGCCAUCUCCUCCACCGGAUAAUUCACCCCCUCCUGCCACCGUGACACCACCCCGACGUUCACCACCACCACCCCCUAAAAACCGAACUCCACCACCAGCAUCACCGCCUAAGUUACCACCGCCACCAUCACAACCAUCACAACCACCAUCAUCACCACCAUUACCAUUACCAUCACCACCACCAACACCAUUUCCUCCUCCUGCUACACCUAGUUCACAAUCACUUCCACCUUCAAAUUCAACGCCAAGACUACUUCCUCCAUCACCCUCAAUCAUUCGAUUGUCGCCUCCUCCGCCGCCGCCAUCGCAGAAUGGAUCAGAAAAUUCAACCCCUGAAAUUGGAAGCAGUGGUGGAAUUGGUUCUGGUGCUGUAGUAGCUAUUGCUGCUGUGUUUGGUGGAAUUCUAUUGCUUGGCUUCAUUGGAGUUGCUAUAUGGUGCUUGAGGAGAAAAAAGAAAAAAGAUCCUCCUAAUGAUGGUUAUGUUAUGCCUUUCACUCUUCCCUCCUCAACUGAAUCAGAUUCAUCCUUUUUUAAGAUACAUGCUGCCUCUGCUCCUCUUGUAAGUAGUGGCUCUAACAGUGAUGUUGUGCAUACACCAUCUGACCCUGGUGGUGGAAUGGGCCACUCAAGGAAUUGGUUUUCAUAUGAAGAACUAUUCAAGGCCACAAAUGGUUUCUCAACUCUGAAUCUUUUGGGAGAGGGUGGAUUUGGUUUUGUAUAUAAAGGAUGUUUACCUGAUGGGAGAGAGAUAGCAGUGAAACAGCUCAAAAUUGGUGGAAGUCAAGGGGAAAGAGAAUUCAAAGCUGAAGUCGAAAUUAUUAGUCGCAUACAUCAUCGCCAUUUGGUUUCUUUAGUUGGAUACUGCAUUCAAGAUGACAGAAAACUACUUGUCUAUGAUUAUGUCCCUAACAAUACCCUUCAUUUUCAUCUACAUGGGGAAGGUCAACCUGUGCUGGAAUGGCAAAAUCGUAUUAAAAUUGUAGCUGGUGCGGCUCGAGGAAUAGCUUAUCUACAUGAAGACUGCAAUCCUCGGAUUAUUCACAGAGAUAUUAAGCCGUCAAACAUUCUUUUGGAUUUCAACUAUGAAGCUCGUGUCUCAGAUUUCGGCCUAGCCAAAUUAGCUCUGGAUGCAAAUACACAUAUAACCACGCGUGUCAUGGGAACUUUUGGGUGGUUAUAUAUAUUAAUGUAUGUUGCUCCUGAAUAUGUGUCAAGUGGAAAAUUGACUGACAAGUCUGAUGUAUAUUCUUUUGGAGUUGUGCUUUUGGAGCUCAUUACCGGACGGAUGCCUGUAGAUCCAUCCCAACUGGGAGAUCAGAGUCUAGUUGAAUGGGCUCGACCUUUGCUAAGUGAUGCACUUGAAACUGAGGAAUUUGAUAGUUUGGUAGAUCCAAAGCUAGGAAAGAACUACGUUGAUAGCGAAAUGUUUUGCAUGAUUGAAGUUGCUGCUGCUUGUGUUCGACAUUCAGCUGCUAAGAGACCUCGCAUGGGACAGGUUGUUAGAGCUUUUGAAAGCUUAGCAACUUCAGAUCUAACCAACGGAAUGCGAGUCGGGCAAAGUCAGGCAUUUGACUCUGCACAGCAAUCUGAAGAAAUAAGAUUGUUUCAGAGGAUGGCAUUUGGUAGUCAAAACUAUAGCUCAGAUUUUUUUAAUCACUCUAGUUUGCAUAUGUAAAUGAAAUGGCACACUGUUUGUAUGUAGUGGAAGGGUUUAUUUUGGACCAAGAUUGUAGAUAUGGCAAAGGUGCAUUGCUGCUAUUGAUUCUGAAACUGCUGACUGGACUCUAUCAGGUUCAAACAACCAUUCUUCUGACCAAAAUUUAUUGUUCUUUGACAGAAAUUUUGUUGCUUUUAACUAGAAUUUGUAAAAUAUUACUUAUAAUGUAGAUAUUAAAUUGAUUUGUAACAUAGUGAUAAAAUACACGUGUGGCUCUUGGCAUGGCUUUUACAUAUUCUUUAGAAUUUCUUUUAUCAAGGGAUAGCAAGAAGUUACAUGUCUUUGGCAUUUGAAAGGUAGUAAAUUGUAGAAUGGAGCAACAAUUAUGGUAUAUAUUGAUAUGGCACGAAAUCACAUUUGAGA